AUGUCACAUCCGGAGAUUGAUCUAGAUCAGCUCUCCGAUAGUGAGAAGACUGCCCUAGAAAUGUACAUGGCAGUGACGAGCCAAGAUCCCGCCGAAGCGAUACCACUUUUGCGUCGUUCACAAUGGAAUGUACAGAUCGCUAUAUCCAAAUUCUUUGAUGGCGAAGGCCCGGAUCCCCUCGAAGAAGCUCGCGCUGCCAUGGAUCGCCCGCCUCCACCUCAAUCGAACCGUCGAACCCAGAAUUUAAUGACCGAUGACUUGACCGAACACCUUUCGCAGGUUACUCGUGCCGCAGCCGCAGAUUCGGCCCCGCGAGUUGACACACAAUCAGGAGACCAGACUGUCUGGAGGCCUCCAUUCAUUCUGAGCCUGUUUUUCACUCCGUUUAAUUUGGUCUACCGGCUUCUCUGCAGUUCUUUCCGUCUAUUCGGGGUGCUCUUCCCUUUCCUACCACGGUUGUUCAACAGGACCGCAAACCCCGCACUGCAAGGUGCUCGCCGAAAUACAACGGGACGUCGCUCGCUUGGACCCAAGGACACGGCCGCUCGUUUUAUCCGCGAGUUCGAGGAGGAGUAUGAGUCGCAUCCGAUUCCCUUCUUGGAGAACGGAUACAACAUGGCGCUUGAGAAGGCUCACCGCGACUUGAAGUUCCUCUUCGUCAUUCUCUUAUCGCCAGAGCACGAUGAUACGACGAGUUGGGUCCGUGAUACGCUGCUAGCACCCGAGGUUGUGGAAUUCAUCAACGACCCCCAGAACAACCUUCUGGUGUGGGGCGGGAACGUGCAAGAUUCUGAAACAUAUCAAGUCGCCAAUUCAUUGAAAUGUACCAAAUUCCCCUUUGCAGCAGUUAUCGUUCACACCCCAAAUGUUUCGUCAGCCGCCAUGUCCGUUAUCGGACGGAUCGCGGGCAUCACCACGCCAACUGAAGUCGUGAAUAAGCUCCGGACAGUUGUGACAUCUAAUAACGAGCCGCUGGAGCGACUCCGAUCUUCACGUGCGGAGCAACAAGCAUCGCGCAGCUUGCGCGAGGAGCAAGACUCAGCCUACGAGCGGUCGCUGGCGAUCGACCGUGAGCGGGCGCGCCAGCGCCGGGAGGCGGAGGCGGCGCGUCAACGCGAGGAACAGGAAGCUGCGGAUCGAGAGGCGGCAGAGGAGCAACAGCGCCGCAAUCUCGCCCAGUGGAAGCUUUGGCGCGCACAGUCUCUUAGCGCAGAACCCGGGCCAGAUGUCAAAGAUGCGGUUCGGGUCAGCGUCCGACUUCCGUCCGGCGAGCGAAUUAUGCGCAAGUUUGCGCCUGAUCUGGAUAUUGAAGAGAUUUACGCAGUUGUAGAGUGCCACGAGGCGUUACAGGAGAAGGAUGCAGAGCGACCUGUGACCGAACCCGAGGGAUUUGUACAUCAUUACACUUUUCGACUGGUCUCACCCAUGCCUCGCGUGGUGUAUGCAGUAGAUGAGGGCGGGUCGAUCCGGGAGAAGAUCGGGCGUGGUGGUAAUCUGUUGGUGGAACCAAUUGACGAUGAGGAAGAUAGCGAUGAUGACGAGGCUGUCACUACCAUGUCUUGA